AAUCAGUAUUCAGACAUUCAGUAUACCGCGAAACGUUAUCGCCGAUGGUUUAGUUGUACUUGUCUGUCCUGUGAUGCUCUUUUCUUUCAAAAAGUAGUUCAAUUAUUCGUAAUAAUGGCUGAUUCCUGUUUGCCCGCAACUCUGGACAUGAACAGUUUGCCCAUAGUACGCAUCGAUCUCAACGUACCGGCUUUAGACCAAAUUAUCGAAGCACUUUUACCGGAGCUAUCUAAAAAUUUUAAAACUGUGAGUGUGGACGUAGUACAAUGUCCGAAUUUGACUUGUCCACCGUUCAACUUGGCUGCCGAAGGAUUGAAUGGUGACGAAACAGUAAUUGACAUCGGUAGCCCGUCAUACUUACUGCCCUUGGUAAACUUAAGUAAGGUUUACGAUAUCAGAGACUUCACGAAAGUCACCGGGACGGACCCUUUGUUUGUGAUUGGAGCGGGCGCCGGUCCGUGGCCGCACGCGGGAGUCAACUGCGAAUUUAUCGGAAACGUACAAUUGACUUCCAACGAUAGCAUAAAAAAUAAUUCUUCUCACAUUUACAAAGUCGAUCUUCAAACUGAGAGUCAAGUUCACAACCGUUUGCCUCAAGACGAAACGCGAUUCGCGCUCUUGGCCAAUUUUUUCACCAGUCGCGGUUUUAAAGGACAGGUUUUGAAAAUAGUGUGCGAAACGCGGAAUGGUCCGUUAGAUUUUGUGACGUCUAUCAGACAAGCGUUGGCAAAAUACUUUGGCAACAAACCGGUCGGUUUGGGUGGAGUGAUUUUAAUUGAAACAAGUAAAGUAAAAGUUCAUGUUAUGCGUGAUUUUUCGAAAACUCCCCUUCACUCUGAAACCGAUUUGAACAAUUGGCUAAAGUUCUAUGAAGCAGAUACGCCAUUAGUUGGUCUCGGCUAUCUCGUCUCUCAUGACCCGGAUUUGGAUCUGAGACCUCAACAUUUUCAUUUGUUUAGUAAUCAUGGAGUAGGAGGACACUAUCAUUAUGACACAGAACCAACCACAGUGAAAUACACUGCCUAUUUGAAUGUGGCCAAAAAAUUAAUCAGAGUUGACCAACCAGAAAUAGCACCUUUGUUUGGUAAAGAUUAGUUUUUCUGAAAAAACUUAUCAAUAUUGUUAAAUAAAUAUUUUUUCUAAAUAGAUUGACUUCAAUAUUGUAAAAUUAGAAGUAAAACACUUACAAAUUUGUUAUAUUCUAAAUACUAAUUAAUUUUCCAUGUAAUUUUAUAUAUGCUUCAUAGUAUAACGUUUAUUAACUGUAAGUUGUAACAGUAUGGUAAAUUAUACAAUAAUAUUUUUACA